GGGAAGGAGACAUGCAUAUACAAGUACUUCUUACUUAACAUUUAUCUCGCUUGGGAAUGUCCAUAAUCUAGGCUUUCUAGGCAAUCUUGGCUCAGUACCAUGGUUCCGAAAUAAAUUUCCCGUCCGACAAAAUUUCGGUAUUGAAAACACUAAUGUAGAGGACGCCCGUGGUAGCGUGAGGCUUUGCUACCUAGGAACAGUUGCAUGCACGCAAGGCUUAUGAAUUCUUGGUGGCUUUGCUUUUAGUGUAGUGCCCGUGCUGACGCAAGCCGGAGCGGCGGGGGUCGCGCGGGAGAAGGGAGAAGGGAGAAGGGACGAUCCAGUUGAGACAUCAAAUUGGAACCUUCCAACACUGACAGGUCACGUCACGCUCAUAUCCAAUGGAAAUUCACGUAGAUAUUCUCGUAAUUCGUACCUACCCACGCACUUGAAGAUCCGGAGCGGGUCCCAAGGGUCCCGAUGAUAAUUAAUCUUAUCGGGUUGUGUCAAUUCCGAACGUCGUAUACAUUUCUAUCAUUUCGGGGUUACCGCAUGAGCGAGCAUGGAACCCAAGACCGUGUCUCGUACUGAAGCUGGCGGGGCUAAACAGUCGAGCCUUUAUCAGGUAAUACAGGCCAUCAUGACCCCCGUCCACCUCAUCUCGUUCCUCCUAUCGCUAUACCUUGUCGACUGCCACUACCACGAUAAGCGCAUCCAAGAGCAUUCCGAACGAUACAGCCGCCUGCCGCCUUGGCUGCUGCCCUCGUGGCUGGAUCGGCUGCUGUUUAGCCCGGACCCGUAUGGAUGGGUCGACCGCAAGAAACAGAAUGCGGCACCGGAUAGUACCAGGAAUCAGGAACGGUGGUAUUACCACACGAAGCAGAAAAAGCUCAUGAAGAUGGAGACUGCGGACGCCUUCGAGAUGCAGCGCACUGUCCUGCUCGGACUGGGUGUCGUAGGGCUUUUUGCGGUUUGGGUGCUUUGGCGACUAAGUGCGGGAGUACUGGCUUGCUUUGCUAGUUGAUUUGAUAUGACUAUGGCUUUUACGAGUAUAUGAGGAGAGGGGGUUUCGGUUUGGGGGGGUUUUGGGGGGUUU